CACACUGUCGAGACAUGAGACCAUCAAAAUCCGAUGGACGUAACGGUUCCGAGAAGCAACGGCUCGUCGAGGAGCUGCAUGCUCCGGCGAGAAGGAAUUUUCCACGAAGACGCGUCAUAGUUCGAGGAUACGAUGAUUUGUGGCAAGCCGACCUCGUUGAUAUGCGUGCAUACUCACGUUUCAACAGAGGCUACUACUACAUGCUUACAGUCAUCGAUGUGCUGAGCAAGCAUGCUUGGGCUAUGCCGCUUAAGACUAAAGGUGGAAGCGAGACGGCUAAUGCUAUCAGUGAGAUAAUUCGGGAGAGCGAUAGAUGCCCGAAAAACCUGCAAACUGGGUUAGAAUCCCCCUAUAUACCCUACUUAUGGAGGUUGUCGUUAUUUCUUAAAAUAGAACUCCCUGUUUAUUACACUAUCUUAUUCUACUAAUAUGAACAACUUUUGUCUGAAACACUUUUUGAUUUGCCUA